UUCCUCCUUCUUUUCUCUUGUUUCUUUUAAACAUGCUUGUGAACCGUCCUAAUAACGUACUUGCCAAUCAAAGAUAUUUUCAAGCCCCUUCUCAACUCCCCCUUUGGAUCCGUGGCAAAAGAGACAAGUUGAUUGUCUCUGUUGUCUUUGCUGGUCUUGGUGUUGGUCUCUUGGGUGUUACUAAUGAUUACAGGCAAUAAAUAAAGAGCCUCCCCCCCCCUUCUUUAAGACUGCAUAUCAUCUGCUUGAGUCUUGUUGUUUUUGGCCC